AUGUUCUCCAAGCUCUUUGUUGCCGUUACUACCUUGAUGCCAAUUUCGGCCAUGGCAGCCCCCCAGGCUGAUACUACCAUCCAUGCCUCUCUUUGGAGUGAACCAAAUCGGGGAGGACCCCAACAGAAUAUCCUCGACACCGAUUGCCACGAUCUGGACCUCAACCACUUCCACCACCUUGGCUCAGCGGAGACCUUUCCCAACCAUGCCUGCAAUCUACAUGGUGUUCCCGAAUGCGGCGGACCAGUUUUGUGUACCUUUGGUCUAUAUAUCGCUGAUUUCGAGGGAAACCCCCCACCGGGAUGCUCAGCGGAAGCUGCAACUACUGCCGCCUCUAUUAUCUGCUCCUAG